AAUUAGUUAUUCUAAAAUAAAAUUAAAAAGAAAUAUAUCUAUAUAAUCUAAUCGAAUCGCAUCCUUGAAUUAGAUCUCUGUUGCAUAGGGUUUCCAAAAUCCGCCGAUUCCAUUAAUUCGUUAAUUUCUGAUUAAAAUAAUAAUUCAUUAAAUUAAUUAAAUCAAUUACAAAAAAUAUGAACAAUAAUCAUCAUCAUGAGAAACAACAAUCGCUCGAUGAUCAUGAAAUCGAUGAUCAACAGAGAUCAACGGAAGCUUCAUCGCCGUCGUCGUCGUCAGAAGCAGUUUCCGGCGAAUCAUCACGGAACGGAAACGGACUGGCGGAACGUUUGACCGAUUUGUUUGUUGGCGAUGGAAAUAACGAUGACGAUUUGUUGAUUCAACGGAGCGCCCAAGGAACGGUUAUGCAGUGGCUACAGGCGCUUGAUAUGCAGGUUAUGGGCGCUUGUCGUGCUGAUGAGAGGUUGAAACCCUUGCUCAAGCUUAAUGUCUCUACUGGCCUUGCUGAGGAUCGAUUGCUUUCUCAUCUGAGUCAGCACUUUGAGCCGUCAGAAGUUGGAUUGCUUGCAAGGUGUUUGUGUGUUCCGCUUGUGUCAGUUCGUGUAGGCAAGAUUGACAAGCAAGGGACUCUUCUAAUUCCAAACACUGCAAGGGGGGACUUAACCCUCUCACUUUUGCCAACAUCUGAUCUGCGUGUAUCCUUUUGUGGAGAUGAUGGUCAUAUAGAGCGCCUUUCAACCUUGAGAAAUGCCUCUGAUUGCUCAUCUGUCAGGAUUGAGGGAAUAUCUGCAGAUAAUUCUGGGCGUUCUUUUAUGAUUAGGGUUCCUAAUGCUGAUACUUUUUAUUUUUGGUGCUCAGAGAAAUCCAGACUUCUUGGUAAUGAGUUGCUUGAAAAGAUGAAAAAUUUACUUGAGAAGAAGCCUUCCCUUGCUGAUUUAACUGGAAUCAGUGAUUCUCGUCUUGAAUGUUUUGUGGCUCGUCUUCGAACUUAUCUUGUUGGGUCAAAUACUCAAGUGAAUAUUACCGCACCUGUGUCCACUUCGACAACAUCUUUAGGUGUUGCUGAAUCUGGUAAAAGUUUACAAUCAGCAUCUUUAACAUCAAAGUCUUCACGUGGCCGGAGCUGUACCAUUCAAGGUAGCCUAAGCCCCAGGCCAAGUUCUUUUAAAGAAGGCCAACCCAGAAACUUGGUUUCCUUGAAAAAUGUUGUCAGGGAAAAGUUCAAGCGUAAGGGAGAGGCGGGCAGUCUUUCGUUUGUUGAAAAUCUAGAAAGCCUUUCUAUAUCUUCUCCAAGUUCUACCAAUACGUCUACUUCAGAUCUAUCUUGUAAAACCAAGAAUCCUGAAUCAACUAUUGAUAGCUGCAUGUUCCCAUUGGUAAUUGGGUUAGAAGUUGGUUUAGCAGAGAAAACAGUAGAAAUGCCGUCCACUAUUCCUCCGUUUUCUCCUUUUUAUUGCUGGUGUCCACCUGUUGCGUCCACUCUCCAGUACACAGUGGCAUCUUCACAGAUGAUGCCUAUGUCAAUGUCAAUGGCCGAUUCAUUCACCUUGCCGCCUCUUUCUUCUCUUCUUGCAAGCUCAGCUCCUAGAUCGUCUUCUAGCCUUAUAACACCAUUACCGACUCUCAAUCUGGAUGAAAUUCCUCCUUUUCUACCUGAACCAUUGGUUCGGUUACCCAUAUCUAUGCCAACUUCACAACAAAUCCCGAUUUUCACUCCUUUAAUGACAGAUCCUAUAGUGCACGUCCCUGUUAUAGAUAUUUGCUCCUCAGGCCAAGCGUACCUUGUGAGUGGUGGCCCUGCUAUAAAUGUCACCAUUCCGCCGCUUCACCAGGCACUUGUAAGCCCAUUGAUCCAAGAAACAGAUUCCAUGGCAGAGAAGAGUGCAAGGGAUACACUCCGUCUGCUAAUCAGCGGAUCAAGUCAACUACCCUCGGUUCUAGCCAAUGUUGAUGGAAACCAAAACGUACUUGCAGCUGGUAGCAGAGGCCUUUAUGGGGGAGCGACGGACGUCAACCAUGCUAUUGCAAACAGCAUUGCUGCCAUGGGCUUCGUUUCACUGGCUGAGAGGUCUGGUGGUGUUAUGAGAAGAUGCAUUGACCAAGGUGACCUGGUUGAUCUUCUGGGAGAGACAGUAGACUCUGGUGGAACUUGUUUGAAUAAUCAUGAUACAAGCUUUUCUGAUGCAGGGGCUGGUAAAAGCCAGUAAUAUGAAUUCGAAAAUGGGUUUGUUGUAGAUCCUUGUUUUUUGUUGUUUCAAGGUAAAGAAAAGAAAUGUAGAUAUAUCUUUUUGUAAUGUCUUUUGGGGCUCAUUAUAUGUAACUGGACUGGAAAGCAUAAUACCAGCUCUUUACCUCCUCGGCUGCUGUUCAUAAUUUUAAGUAAGUUGGUUGGUCA